AUGGCGAUUCCAUAUAGUCAGCAAUAUUUUGCCGAAAAAGACAGAAACAAUCUUCUAGAAUGGAUGAUAUUCGUAAUAGGUGUAUUUGGUUUAAUACUAUUUGGUCUAAUAUUUCAUUGGUUGCCAACAUAUAUCAGGAGUAAAAGGGAUGAGAAUAAGUUGAGACAUAGGUGGAUGUUUCAAUUUACAAAAUUAUGGGAAACCCUUAAUGGCUGCGUGGGAAUAAAAUUCCCUUUCAAGAAAAACAAAUCCUACUUCCAACCUAGCUUGUUUCUUCUAGGAGCCAUAUAUGCUGCUAUCAAUGGAAUAUUUUGCAUUAUUCAAACUGCAGAUAUUGACUAUGAACCCAGGUUUUAUAUUGUGGGUAAAAGAAUUGGAAAGAUUGCUAUUGGAAAUUUACCUAUUCUUAACAUUAUGAUACUUAAAAAUGAUUUAGUAACGGCUGUCACUGGUCUUCAGCACGAUAGGAUAAAAGUGAUGCACCACUGGGUAGGUAGACUUAUUUGGUUGAUGAUAACAAUUCAUAUUUCGUUGACCGUUAAGUAUUGGAUAGGGUUAGACUUCCAAGUUAUGAUUUAUAUACCGCCACAAAUAUUUGGAAUGAUUGCAUACACCACUAUGUUUCUUUUGACUUGGGGAAGCAUGAAAUUUAUCAGAAAAUGGUCCUACGAUUUUUUCCUCCUUCAACAUAAAAUUUUAUCAGUUAUUCUGCUUUUAUUUGUAUUCUUCCAUAACAUGAAUGGAACUAAUGCAGCAGUACUUAUUGCAGUACAUAUUGUCGUAGCUGAUAGAAUUGUUACUAGAAUUAUUGGUUUUGUUCACAAAAGGACUAGUCCUACAAAAGGUCUUGCCGACUUCAAAAUAUUAGAUGAUGACACAGUCGAAGUAGUUGUUCCGGUUAAAUACUUAAUGAACAAAAAUAAAUGGUAUUCAAUGAUCUUACCAAAAAUUGGCUCAUGGAAUGUUGGUCAGCAUGUUUAUCUUACUGUGAGUAAAGUCAGCCGAUUACAAUAUCACCCAUUCACAAUUGCAAGCAUGCCUAGUACGGGUGAUAUUAGAUUGGUGAUAAGGAAACAAAAUGGGUUCACAAAGAAAUUGAUAAAGAGAAUUAAAGAACUUGAACUAGAUGAAGAACAAGAUGAGGAUUCAGUCAAGUUAGUUGCAUUGUUGGCUGGUCCUUAUGGAGGUAUGCAUCAACCCUUAAUUACUUUUGAUUCGUUAUUAUUUCUUAGUACAGGUGCUGGAUCUUCUUUUUACAUUUCCAUUAGCCUUGGAUCUUUUAGAAACAAUCAAACAACGAGAUUUAGAAUGCGAUUUUUUGCAUCGUCCCAAGAGAACAAUAGUUAA